AUGAAAUUUGUCCCAAAACUCAUCUUGAGCUUGUUCUUCUUUACAUGGAAGGUAACGAAUGUCGAGGCCAACAUGAAUAGUUCUGAAAACCCUACAGAGCUCCUGAGUUUUAGCGACAUUGAGCUAAGCGACGAAAAUGCCACUUUUUAUGCUGACACAAUCACAGUGUCGCGGCCAAAAUCGCAGAAUUACGAAGAUGUGCAAAUAACUCAGGAACUGUACGAACGGCUUGUUUAUUUCAGCAAAAUGUGUGCGUUGACCUAUUGCAUUGGAUCAAAUGAGCUUCUUGUUGGAUCCACACUCUUGGACGGCGCAUGCCCCGAAAGACUGAAAUUUUGUUCCGAUGAGUCCACCAACCCGACUGCAGGAAAAACAGUUGUAGAACUGGUACUAUUAGCGGAGAGUGAUGAGCUUGGGACCGGCUUUCUGGCAGUGGAUCAUGAAAAGCAUGUUGUGGUGCUGUCAUUCAGAGGUUCUUCCACGAAUCAAGAUUGGCUCAGUGAUUUCGCAGUAUACCCUACACCAUACGAGCCAGUCUCCAAAGAAUUCUAUAAGGAGUGGGUCGAGUCUGGUCGCGUUUCGGAUUGUACAGGUUGUCUUGUUCACAGAGGCUUCAAUGUUUUUCUGAAAACACUGAGCUCCCAGUUCUUCGAGAGAAUAGAAGCUAUUUUCGACACAUACCCCGAUUACAGCCUCGUUGUAACCGGUCACUCACUGGGAGCUGCCGUGGCAAGCUUGGCCGGUAUUGAACUUCGUUUGAGAGGCCAUGAUCCACUUGUGCUAACGUAUGCCUCACCCAAUAUUUUUAACAACAAGUUGAGGGCCUGGGUUGAUGAACUGUUUGAAACGGAGCGCAUUCACAAGUGGUCAUUGGACGAAGGUAAAGUCAUGUUUCGAAAGGGAUACUUCAGAGUCGUUCACGAUGGAGAUUACAUCACCAUGGUUCCGCCAUUCUACGGUCCAGCUGGCCUGGAAAUUUUUAUAAACCAACAACAGCUUCCUCAAACUCUAGAAGAUCUUGAGUAUCAUGGCCCGUCCAUGACCGCAGCGCCAUUACAAAAUUCAGAAGCAUGUUCGCCCAUGGGCGCUGCUGGAAGGGGACAGGGCCACUGGUUUUUGGGACCUUUGGAAAAAUGGCUUCAUAUGUAUGAGCACCGCGCUUACUUUCUGCUCAUCAACACCUGCGAUAGAUUUUAA